CACGAGGGCGCAAUGAGCAAAAUUAACAAUUACAUAACACCCCACAUGAAUAAUGAACAGCAUCCCCGUGGUACCCCAAGCAUGGAUAUGACCAAACAUGGCAGGUCUGGAUUGGACCACGUCCUCCAUGCGUUUGUUCCGAAUCUAGCGUGCUUUCGCCAAACCCCGGUGCUCCCUUUCCAUUUCAGAUCAAUGAAAGAGAGAGGGAGGUGUGUGCAUCUCCUGCCACAGCUGUUGAGCUCCCCGCGUACGUGCUCACAUCCGGAGAGACGAGAGGAAAGAGGCGGUGGGGGCAGACGUGCGUUCCUGGCUCUGCAGACUCGUGCGUAAAUCCAUCCCUUCUUGGAUUCCCUUUAACUUUUCUACAGACUAUUCUUUUUUUUUUUUUCGUGCUCCGACGGUUUGGAAUGACCAGCUUUCCUGCCUGCGUCGUUUCCAUGUCAGCAUGGGAACUGCCGCGUCCAGAAGGAAGAAUUUAAGGAACGAUGCGAUAUCUUCUGUGGCAGCAAAAGUUAGAGCAGCGCGAGCGUUUGGAGAGUACCUGUCCCACACGCACCCUGAAAACCGAAACGGAUCAGCUCAUCUUCUGUGUGAAACGUUGGUUGGUUCCGAUCCAGAAGCACCGAGUGACACGAUUGGCCCCAAGGAUAGCGAGCGCCUCCCUCCUUGCUCCACCAUCAAGGGCUGUGAGGACAAACAGGAACCCAGAAUAGUCAAAGAGAAGCUGGCCUUGCUCCAGCCUCCUCCCCCAUCUGUCACCCUUCCUACCAAGCCUGAGCGCCUCUCCCUUGAACGCAGCUUUUCAACAGAGGAAGAUCAGCAGAAGUCGGUGGAGUGCACUCUGCAACCCGCCCGCGUCUACACCAUCACCACCCAACACGGUAUGUUGAUGAGCAGCGGCAGGGGAAGCAAGGAGAGCCUCGAACUGGACGUCCUGAAGGAGAAGUCGGCGAGCGGUGGGGUAGGGUCCAAAGGUGGUUCAGUCCAAGCCACCACCUCCUCGGCCUCCUCAUCGCCGAUCCAGUACCACUGUACGGGCAGCGGUCGUGGCGCCAGCAGCUGUGGCGGCAGCCACCACCACGGCAACCAUCACCAACACCACCAUGGAAAUCACCACCACCACACCCUGCACGGCACCACCCCACCAUCAAACAGCGGAGGGAGCGGCAUCGCGACCGGAGGCAGCAACCAGCAGCAGAUGAGUGCUGCGGGGCCCCACUCCCAUCAUGCAUCGCAUCACCACACCCAUCACCACCAUCACCUGUCCCAUCCGCCUCUGCAGACUUCUAUCAGUGCCCACAAUAUCCGCAGCUGGGGCGAGAGCGGGAAGGGCGAGGCGGAGUGCAGCGGCCUGGCUUGUGACGCGUGCAGCAGUGCUCCCUCACGCAGCCAAGGCUCCCUGGAUCUGGAAAACACGACCAGAGAGGCAGGCAAGCAGCACCGACGCCUAGAGCGGAUGUGGAGUGUGGACCGGGUGACUGGGCUGGAGAGAGAAGACAGUAACUGGUUCCCGAAGGAAAACAUGUUCACCUUUCAGACAGCCACAACAACCAUGCAGGCAAUAUCGAACUUCCGGAAGCAUCUUCGGAUGGUGGGCAGCAGGAGGAUUAAAGCUCAGACAUUCGCUGAGCGUAGAUCGAAGAGUUUCAACCGGUCCUGGAGUGAUCCCACCCCUGUCAAGACCGAGUCUCCUCAUGAGCCCAGAGACAGUGGAGACCUACAAACGCCCUCUGGCACCACGGAGGAAGGAGCCGUCAAUGACAACAUGGGUUGGGAGGAUGAGCAGGAGAUGGAACGUCUGGCCUGUGAAGGAGAUGAUUUUGUACCCCCUAAAAUUAUGCUGAUUUCCUCCAAAGUUCCCAAAGCAGAGUACAUUCCCACCAUAAUCCGCAGGGAUGAUCCAUCCAUCAUCCCCAUCCUCUAUGAUCACGAACAUGCUACUUUUGAUGACAUUUUAGAGGAAAUUGACAAAAAGCUCACAGCUUAUAGAAAAGGAAGUAAAUUCUGGAGAAUGCUCAUUUUUUGCCAGGGAGGUCCUGGUCACCUGUAUCUGCUGAAGAAUAAAGUAGCAACAUUUGCUAAAGUGGAGAAAGAGGAGGAUAUGAGCCAAUUUUGGAGGAGACUCAGUCGUUUUAUGAGUAAAGUGAAUCCAGAGCCAAACAAAAUCCACAUAAUGGGAUGCUACGUCUUGGGAAACCCCAAUGGAGAAAAGGACCUAAGAGUCAAACCAUGGAUGCUGCGGUGUGCCUGCACCCUGUGAUUGACAGGGCGCUGCUGGGGAGUGUGUUGUGCCCUCAGGUUCUCAGUCAGAUCCUUCUCAUCUUGUUGGAAAACAUUAAGAUGAUGACCAGUUGGACAGUUUUCUGUGCAGCAUUGAUAAUGUGAUGUGAAGUUUGCUCCACAUAUUUCCUAUAAAAGCAGAAGUGUAACAAACAGCUAAAGCCACAUUAAUGUUUAAAAAAUGGAUCAUUCGGGGGUAUGUAUGAACUAAAUGAAUGAAUUUUUUUAAAUCCCACUUCUUUGAAGUGGUUGCUUGAACACGCAGUGUGUGUACACACCUGUGUGACUGCUGUUGCUUUAGGGUUUUUUUACCGAGUGGAGCUUUGUCGUACAUUUUUUUUUUUUGUCAUGGACAGUCAGAUAAACAGCUCCGCACACAGCAACCACAGAAACGUCAGGCCGUGCACACGCUGCACGCUGGCGCUCUGAGAGCCAGACUGCUGCCAGCGGUGUUGUCUGACCCAAAAGUCUGCUCCAGACAGCCAUGUCUGCCAAGCAAUGCUUUGCUACAUAAAGUGCUUUUCUCCAAGGUUGAUGGACAGUCUGCAGCACAGACUGCAGAUCACUGGUAUCUUCAGCCUGACAGAAAACCACAAACACAGCGUUGGUCCCAAGAGGAUGUGAUUCCAAAACAAAACAAGUAUGCUCCUGAGGGAAAGACAAGUUUACUCUUUCUGGUUUCCAUCCCGUAUUUGGGGAAAUUGGAUCUGAACUUUACUGACUUCUUUAACAUACAGAUCAUCUUUCUCAAUUUAUGUGGUGCCAAAAUUUGGUCUUCAUCCCUGUUUUCACCUCUGACACUCAUGUGACCCCAUGGAGAUGUGAUUCGCUUCAUACUGAAGGAGGCAUUCAGAAUCAAUGUUGGACUCUGGAGGACUAGAAACAAAAGUGUUUGUGGAGCUUGUUUUUUGUCAGAUGUUUUGAACGUUUCUGGACAAUAUUGAAAAAAAAUAAAAGUCAACAUUUCAAAUAUUUUAUGGACAUUUUAUUCCUUUAAAAUUUGAAUAAAAGUGAAAUUUUGAUUUUUUUUUCAAAAACUUUAUUUGGGAUUCUUUUUUUUUUGUUUGUUUUCUAGUGACAAUUUUAUUUUAAUUAAUAUUAGGGGUAGUUUUUUUGCAGAAAAUGAGAGACAAAUAGGUGGCUCAUUGACCAGAGCUGCUACUAACAGCCUUCACUACACUUAAGUGGAAGCAAGAAAAAAAAAUCAAAUAAAGAAUUAGCAAUAGCUCAAUAGUUAACUAUCAAUAUUUUAAGUAAAACUACAUUUUCCAAAUCCACUUAAACCCUUUCAGGGUCACGAGGUUGCUGGAGCCUAUCCCAGCGACUGUUAAGCAAAGGCGGGGUAAACCCUGGGCCGUUCACCAGUCCAUCACAGUUUGUAAAAUGACAAAAAAACAAUGCAAAACUAAAACUGACACACACAAAAAAUAUUCUGCAAUGACUAUUAAACUGAACACACUUUCAAACGGAUACAAGAAUAAAGUUGUGAGUUUUGCAGCACCUGAUUUUGUGUCAUAGGGGUCAUGUGCUUUUCCAAAAGCUUUUAGGAAAUCUGUCGGUGAACACUCUCGUUCAUCCAAGAUGGUUCCAUCACAGAACAAGAUAUUUAGCCUUUUCUUUAACCUAAAAAGUCAUUUUAAAAAAAACUUUUUCUGCUCCUGUAGGAAAAUGCAUGUGUGUAGAACACAUGAAAACAACAUGGUGAAUGAAAAUGGACAUAAUUGCUACUGUCUUCUGAAUUAAAUCAUCAUUAAACAUCAAAGAGUUCAAAUUAGUGAGUUCAAUGGAGAGUGGUUUUGAAAUGGAAAUUCUCACGCAAUAAUACCUGAAUCUUUUCAUCAGUCCUGAGCCGAUCUGUGGGAAACUGCAAUUAAAACGGUAGAGGAUCAGAGGAACAUUUCAGAUUUUGAAAAUUAUCAGAAAAAAUAAUUAUAUGGACCAUCUCAUCUUGUUUUUAGAAUUGUCCUGCUGUCUCACAGUUAUAGACAUGAUAAGAAAAGAUCAGAUACAACAAUGUGAGAUGAGAUAUUAAAACAGGAGCUUUCCCAACAGCAGGGAAAAUGGCUAGAAAAAACAGUACUGAUAAACUGCAAAAUAAUAAGUUAUGUUGUAACUAUUUAAAAUGCAAUUAUCCCAUUUUCAAAAAAAAUGUUAAAUACCUUAAAAAAAUUCAAGAAAUUAAAAAAAAA